ACAAAGAUUGAUUAAAAACACAAACCACUGCUGAUUAUCAGUGCUGCUCCUAAUGGAACUGCAUGUUAUCUGCCAAUGAAAUAGUCAUAAGGAUAAUCCCUAUAAACCCUAAAUGAAAUGCUAAGAAAGAAUAGAAACUUUAAAUGGGAUGAUUAGAUUCUCAAAACAGGCCUUUCUUCACUACUAUUUAGAAAUUCUCAGAAGACUGUAGAAAUGCUGAGAACAUCAAGGAAAAAAGUGACAUUUGCGGACCAGCUGGCAUCCAGUAUACUCGUGCAAACCAAAUUAAUGCUCAGUGACUCGUCAACCUGUCUGCACGAAGUGACCAGAGCACAUAAAGAAACUCCACUUGGAUACUGGGAAAAUGCCGCAUCUCCAUGAAGAUGACAGCCCACUUGACAUUUGAAGAAAGAAUAAAAAAAAACAAGAGAAAUAAAUACAUCGUCAAAAAUGGGGCACCGUAAAGUUCUUCAGUCUUAUCUCCCUGUGAUUUUGAAAUGGCUCUCUGGGUUUCCACUUUCCUACAGAAUUUUAAAGAAGAAUGGUGUGUUAACCACUGAACAAAUUGGAGAAAUUGAGCUAGAGGACACUUCAGAGCACAAAGUAGUAAAGUUGCUUGAAAUUAUUCAAAAUGCUGAGCCUCAGGUUUUUGACUCUUUCUGCCAUAGUCUUGGAGAAAUGGGAUUUUUGUAUUUAGCUCAGACUCUUCAGAGUGCAGUGAAGGAAAAAGGAUUGCCAUCUUCACCAGGCAAAUAUACUGAACUGAAAAACACUGUGAAGAAUGUGGUUCCACUCUGCCCAUAUGACACAGCAGUGAAAGAGGAAACCCGAAUGAUCAACCAGAAAAUUCAGUACAUAAAUAAAGAAUACAAUAAAAGGUUAAAAGACCUUGAAGAAGAGCUAAUCUUGGUUGAAGAAGAGCGUGAUGAGAUGUUACGAGAAAUGCAUAAAAGGAAACAGCAAAAUGAAGAGCUGCGUGGUCUCAACUUGGAGUUGCGUACCUUAGUGCACAGUCUACAACGCUCCAUCUUGGAUCACAUUACCAUAAAGAAUGUGGGAUAUGGUAUCAAGAUAAUGCCUCGAUCGUGACUUUGAUCCAGUUACAGAAACAAUUUGGGGUUUGCUCUUCAACUGAAUAAUAGAAAUAAAAUACACCAUUGUUGACAUCAGCUUUCUGAGACAAAACGCAGAGACCAUUCAGUCCAUCAAGCUUGUUUGGCUAAUAGUUAAAUUGUUCUGAUAUUUCAUCUUGACAUAUUUUAAAAGUUGCCAAGCAUUCCACUUCAACUACAUGACUGAAUAAUUUCUUUCAGAUUGCCACCAUACUUUGUGUGAAGAAGUGCUUUCAGGCUUUAAGUUUAAACACACUUCCUCUUUCCAUUGGUGACUUUGAAGUGGUGGUUUGCUAUUGAAUUGAAAGAACUCUGGUGGAUUAACUUUAUCAGUGCCUUUGAGAAUUGUGAAGGACCAGACUAGAUCUCCUCACCUCCGUCUCUGCUUAUCACUAAAAAGGAUUCAUGUCCUUGGCCUGUUACAGUAGAACAUGCCCUUUUGUCCUGGGAUGUGUCUGGUUGCUGUCCACUGCACAGCUCCUAGUACCACUAUGUCUUUUUAUAGCAUGGAAACGAAAACUGCACAUAAUACUAUAGAUGUGGUCUCACUAGUGCAAUAAACAUCUUCAGCAUAAUGUCCUUUAAAUUAUACUAAACACUUUUAACAAUAAAACCUAACAUUUUAUUUGCCUUUGUAAUUGCACAUUCUUCAAAUUGCCUAUACAGUAAGAUUGUGGUAUCCGUGUAAACCCCUAAAUGCUUUUGAAAGUUUGCUUCCAGCUCAUCAGCAUUGCCCACCUAGUAUUUAUAAUUACCUUUCCUUUUGCUUAUGUGUAGCACUUUUUUUUGCAUUAAAUUAUAUUUUCCACGUGUUUAUCCAAUUCUGAUUAUUGUCCAGAAUUAAUUUUUUUUCAUUUGUCUAUUCACUAUUUGUUGAUACUACAAUUUUAGUUUCAUCUGUGAAUUUCAUAAUUUUGUAAAUUACUGUAAAUCAGAAUCAAGGCCAUUAAUGUAAAUUUCAAAACGUAAUGAUCAAAGUAUAGAUCCUGAGGGGUGCUUCUGAUGAGCUCACCCAGUGUAGUGUUAUGGGAGGAUAUAAAUCAUAAUUCUUUAUUUUUUUACUGUCCCAGGAGGGAAUUUUGGUUUGUCAACAGGUUUUACAGAAAGCCCAUGAACACAACAUCAAAUGAAAACAUUGUAUAUGUACAAAUAAAUAAAGAUAUAACGGCAAACAUAAUACUGAUGGCAUA